AUGGAAACACUGCAUGACCUGCUCACAAAAGCUUUAAUUAUUACUUUUAGUGCAGGAGGCAGGGCUUGUCGGAAUACGGGUGGAGAAGAAUUACGCCGAAAGCUAGUCAGAAAAAUGGCGGAAGUCCAGCGACGUAGCUUAGGGAAAGACGCUGUCUGUUUUAGUGUAUUAUGGAACGCGUCUGUCCGAGCAAAGAUGUUUAUUAUGAUUAUUUGCAUUCUUUUAGUCGAACCUGGACGAGCUACGACUCACUGGGUCGUGACAGAGGACGGAAAAAUCCAACAACAGGUGGAUUCUCCGCUUAACUUGAAACACCCACAUCAUCUCGUCCUUUUCAUGCAACAGGAGACUCGGGUCAACUACCUCAAAAAGUUAGAGAAGCAGCUAGUUGCUCAAAAAAUUCAUAUUGAAGAAAAUGAAGACCGCGACACUGGAUUAGAACAACGUCACUAUAAAGAAGAUGCCGACUGCGUCACGGCUAAAGUUCCUCUCGGGGAUCUGGACCUCUAUGACGGCACCUUUAUAUCGCUGGAGAGCAAAGGCAUAAAUCCUGAAGACUAUAUGGAUUUCACUUCACCUUUACCUUCAGACCUGGAAAAGCCUGAUUGUACAGAAAUUCUUGAGCUUCCCUACAGUAUUCAUGCAUACCAGCAUUUAAGGGGUGUGCAGGAGAAAGUAAACCUCACAUCACCUUUGCUGUCAAAGGAUGACCCGAUCUUCAAUACUUUAUCCCAUAAACUGGGUCAUCGCAUGGAUGAGGUUGGCCAUAGAAUACAACAGGGUCUUCUGAGGAAUUCCUCCUCCUGGGUGCUUUACAAUCUGGCCUCCUUCUACUGGCGUAUGAAGAAUGAGCCAAGGAGAGCUGUGGAUUGUGUCAUUCGUGCUCUUCACUUCUCUCCCAGGCAGCACAAGGAUGUAGCCCUCGUCAACUUGGCAAAUAUUCUGCAUCGAGCUCACUUCUCAGCAGAUGCCGCCAUCUUGGCUCACGCUGCCCUGGACCACACUACUGAUAUAUUUACCAGCCACUACACACUUGGCAACAUCUACGCUAUGUUGGGGGAGUACAAUCACUCAGUGCUCUGCUAUGAGCAGGCUCUGCAGGCUCAGCCAGGCUUUGAGCAGGCUCUGAGGAGGAAACACGCUGUCCUCUGUCAGCAGAAGCUCGAGCAGCGGCUCGAGGCUCAGCACCGAUCUCUUCAGCGUACUCUGAAUGAAUUAAAAGAGUACCAGAAGCAACACGAUCAUUACCUGCGGCAGCAGAGCACGCUAGACAAGCACAAGUUGAUCCAGGAGGAACAGAUUCUACGCAACAUCAUCCAUGAAACACAGAUGGCCAAAGAGGCACAGCUUGGUAACCACCAGAUGUGUCGUCUAGGUCAGCAGCAGUACAGCCUGUUCUGUCCAUUUGACUUACCUGUCCGUUAUCAUCGAGGAGAUCUGUUUGAGAACGUGCACUAUAUCCAGUUCGGCGAGGAGGUGUCCGUAGCCGGCACCGUAGCUCUGGUGUCUGAGCUGAGUGUGAACGAGAGUCAGAGCCCACAGCCUUACUCCACUGUGUCUGGAGGAGACGUACCAGCAGCACACUGGGACAAGGAAUCAUCCUCUAGUGCUGAAACCCAUAGCAUGCUGUGGCCGAGAAGUUCAGACUGUGCUCAGCGUUUUCCCACCAUUCCCUCUGCUAACCUGCUGCCCACCUUCUUUCUUCCCCCAGAGAGUCAUGGCCUCAGGGGAAAGAGUAGCCUGUAUGUGAACGGGAGUCCCUCUGUCUCUCUCGAGACCCCAGACUGCAGUAUGAAAGCUCAACCCUUGCCCGAUGACCCUCUGACCUCUGUAGCCUGGACCUUGCAGGGGAAACAUCUGCCAGAUCCGCACGCUACUCAGGUAUUGUUGAAGCGUAGUGAAGGGUGGACUAUGGAACAAACGGGUGCAAUGAUAGCAAGUACUCUGGAGAAGAUGAGUGUACCACGGUGGCUGGUUCAGAAUGAGGCGGGGCUCUUUUGGAGAGCUCAGGGAAAUGGUACGCGAGCUCUGCAGUGUCUGUGCCAGGCCCUGCAUUCAGCUCCACCUCAGCACAAAAAUGUGCCCCUAGUCAACACAGCCAACCUGCUGCUCCACUACGGCCUCCACCAUGUAGCCCAGGAGCUCCUGCAGCAGGCCAUGGAGAUCAACGCCUCAGAGCCUCACACUCUGCUGAGCAUGGUGAGUGUUCAGCUCUCUCGAGGGAACCUGACUGGUGCAUUGACCCUGUUCCGACACACCCUGUCUCUGAGUGGCAGCUGUAGCCAGUGUCAUGCUAGCCUGCCUCUGCUGCGCUGCCUGCAGUUCUACCCUUUCCUCUACAAGCUCCAGCACCAGACCUGUCAGCAUGGUUCAGGUUGUGAGAGAUUAGAGGACAUUGAGGUGGAGGAUUGGGAAGCUGAGGAAAGGCAAGAAAAGGGAACCACCGAUGCCAUGCCUGGAUCUGCAUUAAAGGACUCACUCCUGUUUGAGAAGGUGGUGGUGGACAGUAAUGGCUCAGGAGAGGUGGGCCAGCAGGAGCAAGGGGAAGAUAAAAAAGGUUUGGAAGGAGAAGAGCAGUGGCACUUGCAUGAGGAGCUGAUGGGAGCAUUUGAGGGAGCACUGGAUGUGAGUGGGAAGCGCGGGGACCUACGAGGGAUCCGUGUUUUAAAAAACGACAAGGUGAUGGGGGCCAAUAGCGACAGUGCCUGCUUUGGCAACUGUGAGGAUGAUGAUGGAGCAGAAUGGAUCACAUUCCAGGUAAAGCGAAUGAGAAAGCCCAAGUCCGAGGCCGAUGUUUCUGAGAGUUGGGCAGGUGAAGAGGAUUCCUCUCAGAGCGACUCCUCAGCCGCAAACUCCAUCCUGGAGAUCAGCGGCCCCACCAUUCCAUCCCCUGGACCAUCAGAACGGUGGAAGGACUACAGCAGUCUGGGUUGGCCAGGACCAGAGGAGUGUCAGCGCACGCGACGUGUAGACCUCACUACUGUGGCAAGCACAUGGCUGGCUGUGUCUGCCAAAAAUAUUGACAUCACAGAACAUAUAGACUUUGCCACUCCACUGCAGGAGCCUGCUGCAGAACCGGUGUGCAAUGCUAAUCUGCCUGCCAGCAUGCACACGCUAGACCAUCUGGGGGGAGUGGCAAACCGUGGCAGCAUCCACUAUACUGGAGAGAGUCAGCUCAAAGAGGUGCUUCAAAAUUUGGGAAAGGAUAAGUUUUUGCCGCAGCCCUUUGAGCAAGUGGGAACCCGCUUGGCCAAAGUCUUGGAAAAGAACCAGACCUCAUGGGUUCUGUCCAGUAUGUCUGCUCUGUACUGGAGAGUGAAGGGUCAGGGGAGGAAGGCCAUCGACUGUCUGCGUCAGGCUCUAAACUCUGCACCUCACCACAUGAAGGAUGUUCCGCUAAUCAGCCUGGCUAACAUUUUCCAGAACGCCCGUCUGUGGGAGGACGCACUCACCGUGGCUCGCAUGGCUGUAGAGAUCGCUCCUCAUUUCGUCGUAAACCAUUUUACCCUCGCUAAUGUAUACAUAGCAAUGGAAGAGUUUGAAAAAGCAAUGCACUGGUAUGAAUCCACUCUAAAGCUCCAGCCAGAGUUUGGACCUGCCAAAGACCGUCUUCGUACCAUUCAAUGCUACCUUCUGACUAAGAGGGACAGGCGAGCUCCAUAAAGACACACACACACACACACACACACACACACACACACAAAAACAGUGGCACAUACUGUAUAUGCACACACAUACAUAUAGCUCUAUUUAAAUAGAGAAGUGGGUAAGGCUUUAUCUUUAUCAGUGUUUAUUUUUGCCACAUAUCAUCAGCGGUUCAGUUAAACAGAGCGGUUUGGGAAAAGAAUCUUGUUUUCCAAUGUUACAGAAAAGGUUGUUGUAAUUAAUAGAUCAGUAUAACUUUUUUUAUUUAUUUAUUUUAUGGUGUCAGUUUGUUUUUUUUUUUUUGUUUUUUUUUUUCUCUUCUUUCUUCAAAAUUUGAAAGUCAGCCAGAUGUUUGCUUGACACAAUUCCACUCCCGAGCACAGCAUGGACAAAUUCAGGUACUAUUAUGAUGGUUCGAGAAAUAUUCAGAUUUGUAUGCCAUGAAGAAACCACUUCUGAUGUAUUAACUACAGCCGGAAGCGUUGUGUGAUUCACAAAAUUUUCUAUUAUGUAUAAAAAGUAUAUUAUGCACAGUAAAUAUAUCGGUCCCGGAAGAGAAAUAAGGUCAAUAAAUGCCCUAUUUGAUUGACAAUCCACAACGUAAUGAUGAACAUAUACGUCAUAGAACAUAGUGUUUUUAAGGUUAGUUUUAUAUCGUCAGAAUACAAGGAAGAUUAAAUCAGACACUAAACCAUUAGUGUGUUGUACUUGAAUCAGCCAUUAAAGUCAUGUUUAGUGUUAUAUUAUAUUUUCCAUUGCUUCACUGAAUAAGGUAAUAAUGAUGGAUCUUAACCAACCUGAUAAUUUCAGAUUUUUUUUAAAGUGUUUUAAUUGUUCUGCUAACUGAGAAAAUGUUGUCUCUGGAUGUAGAUUUUGGUCUAUAUUCUUUUCAUUGUGACUGUAGGUACACUAUUAUACACUACAACAAUUUUAAGGAACAUCAGUAAUCUAUAACAGAUCCAUUCCAAAUACAUCUCCAUUUACAGUGCCAAUCAUUUUUAAGUACAAUAUAAUGUUUUCAUACACUGCUGUCUUAAUGUUUAAUUUUUAUUAUAUUAUGUCGGGACUUUUUUUUCUUGUUGUUUUUAGUCAAACUCAUUCUUGGAAUUCAUGACGAAUGUUUGCUCUAACUCUACACAUGCACACAACACACAACACACACACACAAACACACACACACACAUCUGUGUUUGUAAAAUGUAAUGCAGCCUUCCAUGACUUCUCUCUGUUCAGCAAAUAAUGUUACUGGUCUUAAUCCAUUAAUAAACGCACACUGUUGAUGAUGAUGACUGAUGAUGAUGAUAACAUUAAUAUUCUUCAUCACAAGUGGUUUAGGUGAACCUGAAACAGGAACUUUAAUUCAGAAAGACUGAUGGAAUAUGUAUUUUUUUAAACUGAAUCCUGUGAUGGAAGGUUUAAGAUCAUCCUCAUGGGGAUAAGUGAAUAAAAUUCUUUUAAGGACAA